CAACUUGUUCUGAUCAACUGCACUCACUGUACUAGCACCCCCAGCUUCAUCAGUAGCCCUCCGGAAGAUACUAUGGAAAAGGCGUUGGACGCAGUUCUCAAGAAGCUGGCCUCGGAUACGUCUCUCCUUCCGGACGAGAUUCACUCAAUCGUCCUCUCCUUCGCGUCGACUCAACCUCCCGAGACGCGAUCUCGUGGCUACCUUGCACUCUCCGCGUACUGCCAGGCAAUCCGAAAACAACAAAAAGUCACUGGCAAACAGCCAGAUCCGGCAACAAACACCCUCGCCGAUACCUUCACCCCCGAAGUUAGAUCUCGGCUGCAGGAGACGGAUCCAUCUCCUGUGCUCACCGCGCUCAACUUCCUCACCGCUUUCUUCGCCGUCGAUGCCGCUGCAGCUGCCACUAUCUUCUUGGAAGAUGGCAUCAUGGAGCUGACUAUGGACGCCGUGGAUGUGAAUUCCUCUUCGGAGACCGCCAUCGCGGUCGCGCAUCUGCUGGCGCAAGCAGCUGGGGACAAGCAAUGCCGCGCGCAGAUGGCGGGCUCGUGCCUCGAAUGGCUGGAGAGCCAGUUCCGACUCAGCCAAGACUCGGGUCUGAAGGCUGCGACGGCCGUUGCGCUGAUCAAGCUCGCGAAGGGCGGCGCGGCGGAUGCCGCGGACGCUCCUGGGGCUGGGCUCAACGCGGGUGCGGAACCCGAGCUCGUCGACGAGGAAGCGCUUGCAGCGGCGAUGAGUGGCAUGAUGCUGAAGGAUGGGGACAAAUCGACGGCGCUCGCGGACGAGGUCGAGGUCUUAGCCUAUCUCAGCUCCAACCCAGCCGUCAAGGACAUGCUCUCGCGCGACGAGAAGUUCUUGAAGAAGCUGUUCGCUCUUGUGCCCCAGCGCAAGAAGCUACGCACACCCGAGGCCGACACGACGAUCAUAUUCGGUGUCGUGGCCAUCGUCGGACAGCUGUGCGCAUACAAGCCGCGACUUACAGAGGAGCAGGCGCAGAUGGAAAAGUUGCGGAAGAUGGCACAGGAGAAACAGGGCAAGAAGCGGGACGACAAUGCCUCGCUAGAGGAGGACCCCGAAGUCAAGGCGCGCGUGCGCCGACUCGUCGCCGCGGGUGUGCUGGACGUGUUUCCAGCGGCCCUUGCACUUUCGAGUACUCGGGGUAUGCAAGUGAACAUCUCACGCGCGCUCCUUUGCAUUAUCGAGGACGCGGAGAAUCGGGGAAAGGUGCUGCAGAGCGGGGGCGGGAAGGUGCUUAUGACCAUCAUCAAGCACGCGCUAAGCACGGAGGACGGAAAGGCACGCAAAGUCACGGAAGUCGACCCGGUCGAUCUGGAUGCGAUACAAGCGCUCGCGAAGCUUGCAAUAACCGCGUCGCCGGUACAGGUCUUCGGUCCCAACGAGGGUACAAUGGCCGACGCGAUUCGCCCUCUGUCUGCACUCCUCCAGCACGAUAGCGCAAAUCUUCUCCAAUGCUUCGAGGCGCUCAUGGCUCUCACAAAUCUUGCAUCGCAGAGCCCUGACAUCGCGUCCCGCGUGGCGAAUGCGGACGGCCUGCUGAACAAGCUGGAGAUGUUGCUCUUGCAGGAUCAUGUUCUCGUCAGGCGCGCCGCUGUAGAGCUGCUAUGCAACCUCAUCGCCGGCUCAGAUGCGGUGUACGAGCGCUAUCAGACAAAAUCGAGACUGCAUGUCCUGUUGGCGUUGUCGGAUGUGGAGGAUCUCGCUACGCGACUUGCGUCUGCGGGCGCGCUCGCGACGCUGACUGCCUCGCAGGGUGCAUGUAUCGCUCUUGCACAGCUGCAGCAGGAGAAGCAUAACGUUGCGAGAAUAUUGGCACGACUUAUCGACCCAUCGUCUUUGGAACCCUCCGUUGUCGAUGAUAUGGAAAGUCCUGCACCAGAGGAGACGGACCCUGGCUUGGUACACAGGGGAGUAGUAAUAGUCCGAAACUUGCUAGUGCAUGCGGGCAGCGCCGAGCUUCGGAAGGCCAUGGUUCAGCAGGUGAAGGCGGUUAACCUGCACUUGGCGCUCGUCCAGCUGUUGAAAGCACAGAGCCGGAAUCCCAACCCGGCGCUUGUCCGGCCUUUGGCAGAGGCGAUUAAAUGUAUAAACGAUAACAGUACCUAGUAUGACUGUUUAAGUACUAGACAUACCGCCUGAACUCUCAUGACUGCGAAAUAGAAU